AAUCUCCGCCCUUCCACGUUCUUCCCUCAGCGGUCCUAGCGCAUGUUCCGGUGACGUCAUUGCUCCGCGACGAGCAGCAAAGCUGCUCUUUCCGGUUCUCCACGUGAUCGCUGUUGUACGGCGUGUGCUAAGUUGGAUCUGCAAGCAUGGCGGAUCAGCGUGUGGUGCCCAGUGAUCUCUUUCCUCACGUGCUGCAGUUUCUGCGCGACAACCAAUUCACCAAUGCCGCCAAAGAGUUCGCGAAGGCCACAGGAGUGAAAGAUCAGGGCAGCAAUCCAUCCUCGCUUCUUGAUAUAUUCAGUGAUUGGAUUAAGUCCCCAGAUUCAAAGAAAAGGAAACAUCCUGUAAAUGGUCUCCCUGCUAAGAAAUCUGCAGAGGAGUCCAGCAGCGAUGAGAGCUCAAGUGAAGAUGAUGAGCCACCUGCAAAGAAAAAAGCUGUUGCAGCAGGCAAAAAGCCAGUAGCCAAAGUGCCUCCACCUAAGAAGAAGGCCAAAAGCAGCAGCGAAGACUCCAGUGACGAUUCAGACUCUAAAGAAGCUAAGAAAGCUCCUCAGAAAAAGACCACACCACAGGUGAAGGCAGCAAAUGUGAAAACGCCACCACAGAAAAAGACAAAGGACUCCAGCUCUGACUCUAGUAGCUCUGAAGAUGAGGCACCGGUUAAAAAGCAGCCACCUGCUGCCAAGUCUCCAGCAAAGACUACACCGGUGGCAAAGACUGCUGCAGCAAAAGGUAGAAAAUCUGACACUAGCAGCAGCGAAGAGUCUGAGGAUAGCACGCCAGCAAAGACAGCCGCUGUAAAGACUCCACUGGCCAAGUCCCCUGCAGUUCCUCCAGUUAAGAAUGUAGCCAAGGGCAAAAAAAGCUCUAGCAGUGAAGAUUCUUCUGACAGCUCUGAAGAUGAAGCCCCAGCUGCAAAGCCGAAACCAAAACCUGGUGCUUACAGUGCUGUUCCUCCCCCUGCUGUGAUUAAGAAAGUAGGCGGAAAAGCUCCUCCAGCGGCAAAUGCUAAAAAAGCAGAAAGCAGCAGUGACUCUUCAGACAGUGACGAGGCAGAACCACCAGCGAAAAAAGGUAAGGCCACUCCGGCCAAAUCCCCUGCACAGGCUGCGAAACCGGCUGCAAAACCAGCUGCUAAAAAAGCCAAAGAAUCAUCCAGUGAUACAGACUCAAGUGACGAAGAUGAGAAAAAGUCAUCUAAACCAGCUGUGAAAACUGCUGCUGGUAAGGUCUCCACACCUUCAGCACAGAAAAGUACACCUGUAAGUAAUGCUGCAAAGCCCACACAGGCCAAAAAGGACUCCAGUUCUUCUGACAGUUCUGACUCAAGUGAUGAAGAAAAAGCACCAGCUAAGCCAGCUGCAAAAACUCCUCCUGCAAAGCCUGCUGCAAAAGUGACCCCUGCAAAGCCUGCUGCAAAAGUGACCCCUGCAAAGGCUGCAGCAACCAAAAAGGAUUCAAGCUCUUCUGACAGCUCAGACUCGAGUGAUGAAGAUAAGAAGGCACCAGCAAAGCCUGCUGCAAAAACUCCACCUGCAAAGCCUGCUGCAAAGGUGACCCCUGCAAAAGCUGCAGCAGCCAAAAAGGAUGUAAGCUCUUCUGACAGCUCAGACUCGAGUGAUGAAGAAGAUAAGGCACCAGCUAAACCUGCUGCAAAAACUCCACCUGCAAAGCCUGCUGCAAAAACUCCCCCUGCAAAGCCUGCUGCAAAGGUGACCCCUGCAAAAGCUGCAGCAGCCAAAAAGGAUUCCAGCUCUUCUGACAGCUCAGAUUCAAGUGAUGACGAGAAGAAGAAGCCGUCCAAGCCAAAAGCGAAGAUAACCCCAGGGAAGACAACCCCUGCUCAAAAGAAAAAGGAUUCCAGUUCUGACAGUUCUGACUCUGACAGCGAAGAAGAAGCUAGUAAGAAACCUGCCCCAAAACCGACUCCUACCACAAAGACUGCCCAAGUGAAAAACAAGAAAGCAGAAAGUAGUUCAGACUCAAGCAGUGAAGAAGAAAAAACUGUAAAAGUCACUAAAUCCCCUGCUGCUGCUGCUCCUGCAAAGAAAGCCAUUGCUGUAAAUAAAACAAAGGCAAGUAGCAGCUCAAGUUCUGAGGAUAGUAGCUCUGACGAGGAGAACGCUAAGAAGACAGCUACCUCAAAGUCACCAGCAACAGCUAAAUCGGCAACUCCAAAGACUGCUAAUUCCACACCAAAAGCGGCUAUCAAAAAAUAUGACAGCUCAGAGGACAGUUCCUCCAGUGAAGAUGAUGAUAAUCCUGGUAAACAAAAACUAAAGGGAAAAACACCUGAGAAUAAGAAAAUAAAAAUUUCCACUCCAAACACAUUCCCCAAGGAGAACAAGAAGGAAGCUUCCAAAAAUGUCCCUUUCCGAAGAGUAGUUGAAGAAGAAGUGGAAAUGGAUCCUCGAGUUGCUAAUAAUUCAUUUGAAGCAAAGAGAGGGUCAUCAGGAGACUGGGGAGAGAGGGCCAACAGUGUCUUAAAAUACACAAAGGGAAAAUCUUUCAGACAUGAAAAGACAAAGAAAAAACGGGGUAGCUACUGUGGGGGAGCUAUUUCUACAAGUGUGAACUCUAUUAAGUUUGACAGUGAAUGAACUAUACUCGGUUACCUUCUAAUGGACAUAAUUCUGAAGUAAUGUGUAAUCCAUUUCUGGACUUGUUGCGUUCAUUGAAAAGAUUUUUAUUUUUAAGUGAGUUAAUUUUGUUUUCAAAACAGCGUUUCUGUAUAUUUAUAUACAUUUUUUUAAACCUUUCAAUAUAACAGUUUAACCAAUCCUCAAAGAAAUGUUUAAAAGCUAGGGUGUUUUAUUUCUAUAGUUUUCUAUAAUUUGAAAACAAAUAAAACAUUGUUUCAAGUUCAUUGGUUCAAACCUAUGGCUGGAUUGAAAAAUAUUUGUCCCGGAUGAAAUAAAUAUAUUAACGUUAUAUAGCAUGUGGGUCCCUUCCUGCCUUCAAAAUCCAUCGGAGGCACUUUUUAAAGGUGUUAGAUCUGGCACCAGGACACCAGCAGCAGAUUCUUUUUGGGGUUAUGAUGCCUUUUAGCGGACUAUAACAUG